ACUGUGGAUGCAAAUAACCACACCAGCCCUCUGUGUUAUUAAACACGAACUGGUGGACGAUUUUACGAUUGUUUACGGUUUACAGUGUAAUUAACUUAAUGAAAAGUUUUUUUUUAAUCUAUAACGAGGUCCUUUCUAGUGUAAUCAGUCCUCGUGCUAACUUGUGUGCUGUUAUCAACAUUUGCUAGCAGAUAAUCUCAACCUAACAUAACCAGUUUAUACUCUGUUCUAGUGUGUGUAACCUUAACAGAGCUACUUUUAACCUUUCUUGAGCAUCUCUAAGGAGAAUGGUGGUCCCUGAUGGUGGAAGUGCCCUUCAGCCGGCGGACAGCAGUGAUGCAGACGAGGUGAUGUCCAGCUCGGAGCCGGGGUUCGGUCCCAGUCUGACCGCGGUGGAGCUGCAGGAGGUGCGUAAGCUGCAGGAGCUGGUGCGCCGUCUGGAGGUCCAGAAUCAAGCCCUGCGCAACAGAGGCAGCAAACUCGUGCUGGGGGCCGCCGGCAACCUCUCCACUAACAUGAACACCCUGCAUGGGGCCGCGGACACUUCUCCCGGAGCAGAGGAUGCUGGGAAGCGGGCGCUGUCGCCUCCAGCGGGCUGCAGUAGCAGCGAGGACGUGUCUCCGCUGCCCGAGGCCUCCAGGCCGGAGGAUGAGGAGGAGCGGGCCGGAUUCCCGAGCUCACCGUGUGCUUCAGGCUCCAAACAAACACUGAGCUGCUUCGAGCCGAGUCUGUCUCCUGAUGUGUGCGAGUCUGAGACGCUGGGAGCGAGUGAUGCGGGUGUGGACCAGUGCGCCCUGGACGAGGUGGAUGAACUUGAUUUAGAGACGUGUGCACAGGCCGAGGAUGAAGACAGCUGGUUGUACGUUUCACCAAAGAAGCAGGUUGUGGCUGAACAGGGGCCUGAAUCAACUCUGAAAUGGUGUCGGAAAUUCCUCGAUCAUCCCAGUCCAGAGACUGAAGUGGCCUGUCGGACGCUCCUCCACCAGCUGGACCAAAGUACGGAAACAUCGUCUAGAUGGAAGAGCGUGUACAGUAGUCCAUCUCAGUCCAGUGAGGCUGGCGUCUCCCUGUCUUCCUCUGCUGGGUACCUCAAAUCAACUAACAAAACACUACUAACCUCUGGCAGCUCAGGUUGCACGGGCGCUCCCCCUGCGCUCAGCUCACAGUCGUCUGUCGACAGCGAGGUAAGCACCUCGGAUGACUCCAUCUCCAUGGGCUACAAGCUUCAGGACCUGACUGAUGUCCAGAUCAUGGCUCGUCUGCAGGAGGAGAGUCUCCGGCAGGACUACGCCUCUACCUCGGCCUCGCGCCGCAGCUCCUCGGCCUCCCUGCAGUCUCUGCGUCGAGGCACCUACAGCGAUCAGGAGCUGGACUCCUACAGUCAGGAGGACGAGGAGGACGAGUGCUGCUCUCUGCCGCAGCGGCUCCAGUGCUACUCGCCCCGCUGCCUCUCUCCCAGCCGGCUGGCCUCCCCGCACACACGCGUGUCCCGCUGCUCCCUGCAGGGCCCGGGGCCCAGGAGCGAGGAGGAGCUCAGGCACAGCAUGCCUAACCUGACCCCGCGCAGCAGCCUGAAGUCUCUGGAGGCGCUCAGAAACAGCCGCAGCAUGGAGGCUAACCUACAGAGCUCAGGCAACCGCACGUCCCGUCUGCCCCAGUCCCCCGCAGGUGUAUCAUCUGCGAGGAUGAGGGGUGAGGGCCAGUCCCCUCUCUAUCUGCGGGCUCCCAUGAAAGCCCUGAGUCCCGUGAGCUCCAUGUCUGCGGUGCGACAAGCUAAAGGGCCAGUGAGUGCCCAGCGAGGGAUGAGGAGGGUGCAGUCGCCGGGUCCCACCAAUACGGCGUCCAACUCUGCUGCUGUCGCCCGUCAGACUUCAGGAAGAGGCGUGACACCCGCUUCACCUUCCUCCAGAGGCAGACUUCCACAGACGCCCAGGAGCAGAUCUCUGGGGAUGACCAAACCUUGCGCUCCCGUCGCUGAUGAAUCCUGGAAAGAUGGUUGUUACUGAAGCCCUGAGGACUUCAGCGAUGAAAAGCAGCUCCGCUAAAGAUAUCGCAGGGAAAAAAAAAUCCACUAAAACAAGAGUUUGAUCGAAUCCAGAGCCUCCAUGAUGAGAGGAACAACGAAUCAGACACGUUUGCGUUCAAAGACUACAACAAAUUUAAAUAUGUGCUUGAUUUUCAAAUAUCAAUAUACUUUUAUUUUCUUGAGAAUGGGGGAUGUAUGAAAAAAGUAUGAGAACUUGAAUAAUGAAAAAGGUUUGAUGUCCCGUAAUACAUGUAGUUUUUGUGAAACGUGUGGAAUUUAAUUCCUAAAUGCUGUGGUGUAACCUGCUGUUGGUUGUGCAUGUUUAUCUAUUUUAGAAAUGAAGGAUAUAUGAUUUUUAUUUGUGAAUUUUUUUUAGAAUUUUUAAUUUGAUGAAGGAAUCGAAUUCUGUAAACGAAGACGUUUGUCCGUUUUGUGUGGUCAAGACAAAACACAGCAAUAUUGAAAAACGGUUUUCACAAAAAUUGACCUCACAGGAGAAGAAAACACUUGUAAUUUUUUUUAUUUUAAUUGAGAUCACAUCAGUGUGCCAAGGUGCAUUACUACUGUAACACUGUUCCUCCUUAAUUCAGAGUGCUUGAAGCUGGAGUCACUACACUUUCACUCCAUCUGGAAGUUUGAAUAUGCAUUUUGAUGCCUGUGUAGUUUAGGUUUAAAUAUUCACUAAGCCAGUAAAAUUGGGAAUAUCUGAGUAUGCAAUGACAAUGGAGUGCCUCAGAAAAUCAAUAAAUCAAUUCAGCAAUAAA